CUCACUCUCAAAAUUUGCGCCCGUGCGUGCCCUAGCUCAAAGGUCUUCCAACGCGCAUCGUGAGGACAUAUCGGAUGGUUUACUUUUUAAAACCCUGAAACAAAGUCGGACUACACGAUCCCACUUAGCACUUCGUUAAACAAUGCAGCGUCCUCAGCUCAUUAUGAAGGUGGCCAUCGUUGUCGCCUGGUUCAUGGGGUAUUGCGUCGGUGAAGAAGAAACGGUAAUUACCACCUCCGGCAACGUCUUUGGUCUCGGUCUGCUACAACAAAUCCCAUCUUCGCCUCAGACUAACAUCUUCUACUCGCCGUACAGCAUCUACACAGCACUGGCUAUGGCCUAUGUUGGUGCCAGAGGCGAAACGCAGCACGAUCUGCACGAGGCGCUCGGUUACUCGACGGCAGGCUUGAGUCCCGAAAGUGUAGCGAGCCUUCACGCCAGGCACACGCGACGGCUCCGAGAGCCUUCGAACUCGACGCUCCUCGUCGCCAACGCGGUUGUCGUUCAGACGGGCUACAACGUGCAACGUCAGUACCUAGACACACUCAGAGAUUCCUUCGGUGCCGAGGUAAGCGAAGCAGACCUGACCGAUGUGCAGUCCCUGAAGACCAUCAACGACUGGGUCAAGAACAAGACGGCUGGCCAAAUCGAACAGCUGCUUCUUGAGCCACUUCCCUCCGAAGCAAAGUUAGUGCUCCUGAACGCCAUCUAUUUCAAGGGGCUGUGGAACACCCCGUUUCAGGCGGAAUCCACGUUCAAGGCUCCUUUCUUCAAUGCGGGAACAGAGCGGGUGCAGGUGGACACGAUGCACCAGCAGAUUACGGCGGGAUACGCUGAAGACGACGAGACGAACGCCCAAGUUGUCGACCUCACUUACGCUGGCCUCGAUUACAGCAUGGUUAUCAUUCUGCCGAGACAGAAGAACGGCGCGGAUGCCAUCAGGCGCAAUUUCUCGGUGCCACUCUACCAUCGUCUACUGUUGAAGCUGCGGGAGAGGGUCGUCGAUGUCGCCCUUCCUAAGUUCAAGAUUGAAGGACCGUACAAACUGAAGGAGCCUCUAUCGCAUAUGGGAGCAUCCAAGGCCUUCGACAAGCAUCAAGCCGACUUCUCGGGCAUCAGCGGAUCUCGCGACUUAUUCAUCCACGACGUGGUGCACUGGGCCGUUGUCGAGGUGAACGAAGAAGGCAGCGAGGCCGCCGGUGCCACGGCUGUUAUUUUUCAGACUGAGAGUGCCCGAGUGGGCACGCCACUUGUGGUCGACCAUCCAUUCCUGUUCAUCAUCCACAAGCGGCAUACGGGAGACAUUCUGUUUGUCGGUGAAGUGAAUUAUCUCUCGCGGCUACGGCAGUUCGUAAACAGACCACAACUGAAAGCGGAGUGGCCUGCUCAGAAUCGAGACAAGAUGAAGCCACUUGCAGCUGUCGCCACCCUGCUGGCGUUGAGCUGCUUCCAGCUCUCGUUUUGCCAGACGGAGCAAGAACACAAGCUCGUCGCCGCGAACAACCAAUUUGCUAUCCAUCUGCUCAAGGUGCUUCCCAGUCUACCAAACGAGAAUGUCUUCUUCUCGCCGUACAGCCUGUCCACCGCACUCGGCAUGGCCUUCCUAGGCGCGAGGGGAGACACGUUGGAAGAACUGUCCCAAGCUCUUGGAUACAAAGCGCUCUCGCUCAGCGAAAGUGACGUCCGAGAGGUUUUCGCUCUCCAAAACAACCGGCUGCAAGCGCACGCCCGGCAAGCAGGCCUUGACGUGGCCAAUAGCGCCGCAGUCCAGCAGGGUUUAGACGUCAUCGACACUUACUACGAUGCCCUGAACCGCACUUUCAACGCACACGUAUUCAACGUGGACUUCGAGGGCAAUGGUCAGCAGGCCGUAGACACCAUCAACGAGUGGGUCAAGCAGGCCACCCGCAACAAGAUCGACAAGCUCUUCCACGAACCCCUGGAAACCAACACGCGGCUGGUUCUCAUGAAUGCGAUACUUUUUAAAGGGUUUUGGGAACGCAAGUUCAAUCCAAGCCACACGACAAAGCACGUCUUCUACAACGGCGGCAUCCAGGGUACUCCGGUGGACACCAUGUUUUUGCGACACACGACCAGGCGCGGCUUUUCAGUGGAGCUGCAGUCUAAAGUGCUCGAACUUCCGUACCGCGACAGCGAUUACAGCAUGGUCAUCGUACUGCCCGAGGAACGGGAUGGAGCCGACGCCGUCAAACAAGUUCUGACUAUCGACAAACUCAACAUAGCCGUUGGGUCGCUGACAAGUGGUCCAGUGGCCAUCUCCCUUCCCAAGUUCAAGAUAGACAAGCUGAACCCGCUGAAGAGCAACCUGACAUUCUUGGGCUUGCGAAAGAUGUUCGGCUCCGAAGCGGACUUGUCGGGAAUCACUGGAGACCGCCGGCUGUACGUUUCCGACGUGCUGCAGCGGGCUGUGGUCGAAGUCAACGAGGAAGGCACAGAGGCCGCGGCAGUCACCGGGGUCAUCGGCGUCAACCGCAUCGGCAUCGAGCCGUUCCUCUUCACGGCUGACCACCCGUUCCUGUUCUUCAUCCGCGACCGCAAGACGAACGAGAUCUUCUUCGCCGGACAAGUGAACGUCCUCUGAGCUGCUGUGGACGCGACGUGGUUGCCGAACAUUCCAGAAGCUAUGCGAAUUCCUGUCCAGUGGGCGCGAUGUGCAAUUAUUACGGCUUACGACACAUUCGAAUACUGCGGAAUCACUGCUCAAUAAAGUCACCCUCAUCCCAAAUAAUGAA